AGGAAGCGUUUAGUCUCGAGCCGACUCCUCAAAAUGUAUCAUUUUAAUUGUUUUUUUUUUCUAUACCGCAUAAGACUGAUAGAAAAGUCGGAGUUUAAGUGUAGGAAGUAUGGGGUAUGGUAGUUCUUCUUUGGUUUCUGUGGUGUUGUUAUUCUCCGCUUUAGCCGAAUGUUCUCUGGAUUUCCAAUGCCUCAAGUGUCUCUGUGAAACAGCAACAGGGUGCGCAUCCGUUCCUUGUGAUCCCGUCAAAUGUGCCAAGGUUGAGAUUAAUAACUACGAAUGCACUUGUGGACCCUUUGGGAUAUCACCCUCCUUUUGGAUAACUGCCAAUAAGCCCACUUUGAGCGAGAAGGAUGGAACCGAAGCGGAAAAAUUCAAAAAAUGCGUAGAAACCUAUCCUUGCUCCAUUUGGACUGUGCAGUAUUAUAUGGACAAAUACGCAGAAGACUGUGAUAAUGAUAACGUGAUAAAUUGUGACGAUUAUGUUUUGAUCUACCACUAUGGACCCAAGGGUUGUCACAAUUCUUCACUUAACGAGGAUCGUAUGGGAAGGUACAAAACUUGUAUGAGCAGAAAAGAGAUCAUAAGAGGAAAAAAUAAAAAUAACCAAAUAACAACAACAACAAGUACUGUAAAAACGACUGAAAGUUUGUUCAAGGAUGAAGACUCAGCCCUUACAACGAAAAAGGAAUCCUCUUCAACAGGAAAACCAAUUGCGGCAAAAAUGGAAAGUAUGCGAGCAAUGGAUUGGAUGAAUGACUCAUUCUAAUGAAAAUAAAGAUCAUUGGACUAUUAUCAACAGAAUAAAAUAAGAAUAACGAACAAAUUUUCCAGAAAAUAAAUUAUUAUUUGAA